AGCCCGGAAGACACCAUUGCAGCAGCUUGCCUUUGAUCUUUCUUCUUUCCCACUCCCAGAAGUUUCAGAGGUUCACACCUUUCACCAAUUCAAGGAUGGUGUGCCACCUGAGAUCUGCUAGCAUGCCUUCGAGCUCUCGCUCCAGUGAGACCUCUAUUGACGAACAGAUUCUGAGCCUGAAAGCAGCCAUCUCUCUGCCUUCAGUGUCCAUCAAAACCAUGGUGGAUAGUCUGAGCAAGCUCGGCAGCAUCUACAACCACAUCGACGCACUCACAUGCUUGCCCAGGAGCCAGAGGAAGGCAGUGGAGGAGGAGCUCGAGCACUCCCUGGUCCUGCUCGAUCUCUGCAGCGCUGUGCAAGAGAGCUUUGUUGAGCUUAAGGCCAGUGUCCAGGAGGUGCAGUUGGCUCUGGAACGAGGUGACCACACGGCUGCCCAUACCAAGAUUCAGUGCUAUGUGCGCUCGGCCAAGAAGGCACAGAAGCUGUUCAAGAAGGUCAACAAGAAGACUGCCUCUGACAUCGAAGGAUGCUGGGUGAUUAAUCUGGUUGCUGAAGCGAGAGAGAUUGCCGUGUUGAUCCUUGAAUCGACAUUGCAUCUCAUGUUGAAGCAAAUUGUGAUUCCAAGCUCUAGCAAGUGGUCCCUUGUUUCCAAGUCAUUCCGAAAGAAGUGUGUUGUAUCAUGCGAUGCGGAACAAUUGCAAGGGUUGGAGCUGGACGUUGUUGAUCUUGAGAGCAGAGUUGGGACAUUGUUCAGGACGUUGAUCCAGAGCAGAGUGUCUCUUCUUAAUGCUCUUAGCUUGUAGACAGAUCAUACAACAGGUCUGACCCCCUGUGAUUAGCAUCCGCCUUUUAGAGGAUUCACUGAUAUCCAAACAAUUUUGUGUGUACAUAUACAGGAGAGAAAAUAUACAGAAAAUUACCAAUUGAGAGUUUUUCGUCCAUUUUGUUGUCAGCUGGUGUCUCUCUCGUGAUUAAUUUUAUAGCGUCCAUUCUUGCA